GCAAUGAAAAUAAUUUUGAGAGUAUGAUAACUGUAUUUAUGAAAUUUGGAAAGGUUUUGGAAGCAGAGAAGAUGUUCAAAAAAUGGGUAUCUUCAAAGAAACAAGUUAAGUUAAAAAAGCAAGAAGUUUAUCCUCGCGAAAAAGUCAAGUGCCCAAUAUGCUACAAAUGUGUUGUUGACUUCCCUAGACAUUUACGAUCAUCGAACCAUAAAGUAAGUAAAGAAGAUGCUUGUAUUGCUAGAGGAGUUUAUGGAUUAAGAAAAUCAGCUGUUGCAAGUUCAGAAGCUGAAAAAACUGUAAAAUAUGUUUGUCCAAUGUGCAAAGCUGUUGUGAAGCGUAUUCACGACCACUUAUACAAAUCUCCACAUUAUCUUAAAAAUGAACCUGAAAAGUAUAGAGAAAUGCUUCAGAAAAAAAACUAUUUUUGAAAAAGUAAAUCAUAUUACAGUUCCUUUAAAGCACCAGCAAAAUUACAAUUUUCAGCAGUCAUUGGAUUCAAAUGUUUCACUUGAUCAAUUCAAUAUUCAAAAUCCGGAAUCACCAUCUAUUAGUAAUCGUACCAAAUCUAUUGAUGAUGAACCCACUUUUAAAGAUUAUCUUGAAAUCUUUUGCCUUUAUUUAAAAAGUCGAUCCAGAGGUAAUAAAGAUUUAAAA